AUGCUUAUGUACCCACGUAAGGGUCUCAUCACCGAUCCAUUCUAUCCCGAAGACUGCAUCAUACAAGACGACCACUACCCCGAUUCAUUCGAGAACACUCCCCAAUAUCAACAGCAGCAGCACUAUCAGCAACAACAGUCCUGCUUACAGCCACCGUUCCACUACCAAUCGAAUCAGCAAUUUAAUCACCUCGGCCAGCUUAACCAGUUCGCCUCUCCACCUUCCUCCGCGCCUUCUUCACCCACCUUCUCCUCGCCAACCUUCUCAAUUUCUUACCCUCCGACGACGGCGGCCGAUAGCCAAUCUUUCGGGGCUCCUUCGAUGACCCCGGCGUCUUCCUAUAACCCGUCGUUUGACAUCCAGGGCUCCGCCUCACCAUCAUCGCAGUAUCUGCCACAAUAUUCGCAAUAUUAUAACCCCAUGUUGGCGCAACAACAACCGAUCGCCAGCAACCAGGGCUGGGAUAGCAACUUGCAACUGUUGAGCCCCGCUCGCAUUCCAUUCCCACAAAAGCCCUCCCCCAACUCAGCUUCCUCCCGAUCCCCCAACGGCCAUCGACGAUCCGACAGCUCAUCAAAGCCGCUGCCAACCCCGGUGCAAACUCCCGUCCAGAACUCUUUCCUCACUGCUCCCUUCCAGAACUACGAACCAUCUACAUGGGACGCUAGCAAUGUCGAAGCAGAGUCGGCCAUGAGGAAGGCGAUUAUGGACCAGCAGCAAAAGCACCAGACAUCUCCCGCGCAGCAACAGCAGGGCGAUUACUCACUGGCUCCUUCCGUCUCAACAAUGAGCCACAAUUCCCCUGUGACCCCACAGACCAGUCUGGAUGAGCUGGAUGAUUCCAAGGCGAUGACCAAUGGUGAGAUUCGGUCUUUUGACAUUGAUUUCUGGACGAACGAGUACUCACGCUUCGACCCAGUUUCAGAUUACGCUGGCAACAAUGGUGGCAUGAUGGGCAUUCCCAAGUUGAACCGCACGAUUUCCGAUAUCUAUCAAGACGAGCUCUUCAACCCUACUAUCAUGGCCGCCCCACAGCAAACGAUGAAGCCGAUGAAUUCGAACCUUUUGAACCCGCACAAUGUCAUUGCCGACCGAUUGCAUGCUGCUAAACAGGGCCACCUGUCCGCUCGGUCUGGAUCUCCGGCUAUGGGCAUCAAGCGCGAGCGCUCUCCCUUCCGCCAGACCUCACCAUUUGCCGGUGACCUGCAGAUGGCUACCAGCGUGCCCAUGCCUCAAAACCUCAUGAGCAUGGCUCCCUCGACCGCAAACCAGACCGACCUCAAGACCAUGUCCCCCAAGGACGCUGUGUUGGAUUUGGAUGAAGGCGCGGAUGCCGCCAUGCCCCCGCUCUUCCCACCACAGCAGGCCGAUUUUAACUUGGGCGAUGCCCUUGGGUUGCGCCGUGAGAGCUCGGGAUCCAUGCGCCCGGCCAUGUCUACGAUGGAGGCAUUCCCAAGCCAGUACGCCAGUGUUCAGCAGCCCCAGUUCUACCAACAGGCCCGUCCCCAGUCGAACCUCUUGCAGCAGACUCCCGACUUCCCUGCUUCACUUCCGCGAUUGGAGUCUACGGGCAGCGAGCUGCACUCGGGCACUAUGACUCCUCAGGCCAAGCUGCCAGUCAACGAUAGCAUCGUUCGACCCAACAAUACUUCGGCUGAUGGAGGUACCUACACUUGCACCUACCAUGGUUGCACUCUCCGAUUCGAUACUCCCGCCAAGCUCCAGCGACACAAGCGCGAGGCGCAUCGCCAGACCACCCCUGGUGGUCACCUGAUUACUCGGGAUACCUCGUUGCGCAACUCCCAGGCUGGUCCCCACAAGUGUGAGCGGAUUAACCCGUCUACUGGCAAGCCGUGCAAUUCGAUCUUCUCUCGGCCCUACGAUCUUACUCGGCACGAAGAUACGAUCCACAAUGCGCGCAAGCAAAAGGUGCGAUGCCAUCUCUGCACUGAGGAAAAGACCUUUAGUCGCAACGAUGCAUUGACCCGACACAUGCGUGUGGUGCACCCCGAAGUGGACUGGCCUGGCAAGCAACGACGCCGGGGAAGGGACUGA